AUGAAGAGCUUCUCAUAUGCUGAUCUAGCCAAAGCGACAAAUGGUUUCUCUCCAGACAAUUUGGUUGGCUCAGGGGCAUACGGAUCAGUAUACAAGGGUGUACUUGAGUGUGAAACAAAUGGAAUGAUUGCUGUCAAAGUUUUCAACCUUGACCAACUUGGAGCACCAAAAAGCUUUGUUGCCGAGUGUGAGGCCUUCAGAAACACUCGUCAUCAUAAUCUUGUAAGGGUGAUUUCUGCAUGCUCAACAUGGGACAACAAGGGGAAUGAUUUCAAGGCUCUUAUUAUUGAAUACAUGGCUAAUGGCACCCUAGAGAGCUGGAUUUAUUCAGAAACAAGAAGACCGUUGAGUUUGGGCUCCAGAUUAACAAUAGCAGUGGACAUAGCUGCUGCACUGGAUUAUUUACAUGACAGUUGUGUGCCCCCUAUAGUCCACUGUGAUUUGAAGCCUAGCAAUGUGCUUUUAGAUGAUGCCAUGGGUGCCCGUCUCAGUGACUUUGGGUUAGCUAAGUUCCUUCAAAGUCAUAACUCUUCAAAUACUAUUACUUGUACAAGCUUAGCAGGACCGAGAGGAUCAAUUGGAUACAUUGCACCAGAGUAUGGCAUCGGGAACAUGAUCUCAACAGCGGGCGAUGUCUACAGCUAUGGAAUUGUCAUCCUAGAAAUGCUCACGGGGAAAUGGCCAACAGAUGUAUUGUUCAAGAAUGGCCUGAGCCUUCAGAAAUUCGUGGGAAAUGCAUUCCCCGAAAAGAUCUGUGAGAUACUUGAUCCUAAUAUCAUCGGAGACGAAGUUGUGGACCAUGGAAAUCAUGCAAUGGGGCACAGAAAUAUAUUCAUUAGCCUAGCAUGUUCUGAAUUUCUGAGGGCGAUGAUGUUAGAUUUGGCAAAUGGAAACAUGCUGCCAUUUCAGGAACCAGGAGCUAAAAUUAGAGGUUACCCGAUCCAUUCGGAGAGGAAGAGGAACACCGGAGCAGCUGAGCAGUGCGGGCAGGGAGCUCGACCCGGCGCUCCUCAGCGGAACGGCGGAGGCAGCUCGAGCAGGGGCCGCAGGUCGGAGUGGGAGGGCACUCACGCCUGCUCGCACCGCCGAGGCGGGAGAGGUGCCAUGGGCGGCGCGGUCGCGCGGAGGCCGAGCAGGGCAGCAGCAGAGGUGGCGGGCAGGGCGGCGGCCUGGCGGCCGUGCAGCUGGGCGGCGGGCGCGGACUGGGCGGGGAAUGCACGCUCGGGGUAA